CAGUAGCUCGCGAUAUGUAGGAUUUUUUUUUAUAAAAGUCGGCAUUUUAAUUGUCAAUUUUUAAGUGAUCUUUCAGGUUAUGGAUAGAGGGAAGCCGCCUCCAAAGAAGCCACCGAUUCGGCGAGGUCUGCCGUUACCAGACAAGAUCAUCCCGCUAGGGAGUAAAGGGCGUCCUGACCAGGAUCCAAAGCCUACCCCAUCACUCUACUCUGACCGCAAGAGGGAGGCCAGCGCACCCCUGCCAAGCCAUGUGAUACCGCCCAAGACCAAGCUGGUGGGGUUGACGCCCCUCGGUAGGGCCGCUCCCGAGAUCAGCAGAUCUUCAAGCAGUGCCGUCCUCCACAAACCAGGCAUCAAGACCAUUGAAGUGCCUCCAAUCGAGCUGGUGGACCGAGUUCUGGCUGCAGACGAGGCUGAAGACGAUGAAAGCAUCGAUAAGAUCCUGUGUGGGGCCUUGAAGAGUCUGAAGACUGUCCGAGCCAAGCCGUCUCCUGCUCUCUACCUAGGGCUCAUGUACCUCGCCAAAGUCAAACCAAUGUUCUUUGAGUCGGAGAACGUGAUCGAGACUACCUGCUCUCUGCUAAAGAGAGACAUUGGAAUGAGCUUCAAGAGCAAGGGGAAUGCCCUGGUUUCUGUAGUGGCCUGCAAUCUACUCAUGCAUGCCUUUGUCUAUGAGCACAACUGGCCUGAUAUCUUUGUGAAGGUAUACCUGGAGGAUGCACAUGGCGAGAGGGUAUGGGUGGACCAUCCUUACUGCAAGGAGUUUGUGACCAACAUCCAGACCGCCUUUGGAACCAAGCUGGCCUCUCCUCAUCUCCAGAUGGCGACAGACCCACUCCGAGGAAGCUUGUCCGAUGUUUCUGGCAGUGGAAGCCCCAGUCGUGAGGAUGCGGAAGGCAGUCAGGCUUCUAGUACACCAACCCUAGGGUCUGAGGAAGGUGACCUGGGUUCAGAAUCACAGGAAACGAUGCCAAGGUACAGUCUAUUACGGGAUGAGAUAGAGAAGGACGUGGUGGACUUUGUGAAGGAGCAGCUGGUCAGGAGACAAGGCAUGGACACACCCAGGAACCUCCUAAGGCUUCUCACAUCGACAUGCGGCUUCAGCGAGGUCAGGCUCAUCACCGCCCAACGUCUUGAGAUGUGGCUACAGAACCCCAAGCUGACGAGGCCAGCCCAGGAGUUGCUUGUCUCGACCUGCGUGAACUGUUGCACCCACAGUCAGGAGGAUGUAGAGGUCAUAGGUCAUCUCAUCAAGAUCAGACUCAAGACCAAGCCCCUUAUCAAUCACUACCUGAUCAGCAUGAAAGAGCUGUUGAGCCAGCACAAGGAAAACCUGCCCACUGUCGUGAAGCAUGUCAUUUACAAUGAGCUGUCCAAUGCACGUAAUCCGAACAACAUGGCCCUUCUAGGAGCGUUGUUCCAGCACUCACCGGAACUAGCAGCCAAGAAUCUAGCAGCAGUGUUUCAAGACCUGUUGAUGAACCGCGAUGACUAUCUCCGGGCGUUGAGGGCACUCUUCAGAGAGAUCGUCAAAGCGCUGCGCUACGACGUCGACUUUGUCGCUUUCUGCCGCGGACUGAUGACGGAAAAAACAGACAGGCAGUUCACAGAGCUUGAAAAAGCAAUCAAGGAUCGCAUGUUUGCAUCCCUGUGUGACCUGAUCUGCCUGGCAUCCCUACUGAGCGUCACACCUCAAAUCAGAGAAAUUGUUGCAGCCUACACCAGAGGGGAGAGAAAAGCGUCUGACAUGGAGUCACUGCGCGCGUUCCAGGCUCAAGUCUCAAUGACCCAAAGGGAUUGUGUGUGGUGGAUACACACCAUCGCCAUCAGCAUGUUCACACUCACUCAGGGAGAACUCAAUAAAGUUAUCCAGAAGCUUGUGUUCCUAGACACUCAUGAAGGCUACUGCAGUAAGGACAACUGGCCACAAGAGACGGACAGAGGACUCUUGCUCUCCCUGCUUUCAGAAGUGCCAGUCCAAGAGGACACCCUGAUGCGCCUGCUCAUCAUGGGGCUGGAGAGGACUAUUCCACUCGCUGCGGGGGAGGCCUUGGACCUGGUAGAUAAGCUGGUCAAGAGGGCUGCAGUGCUGCAAUCGGAAGACUUCCAGGUUUUAAAGAUAGAGCGCACCACAUUGAUUGAUGUCGUCUUGAAUUCUUGUGUCUACCAUCAUCCAGAGAACAUCACAUUACCACAGGGCUACCAGGUACCGAGUCUUGCCAUUGCAAACUUCUACUGGAAAGGCUGGAUCCUGCUGCUCAUCAUGGCUGCUUUCAACCCCAGUAAUAUUGGUCGUGCGGGAUGGGACAACUAUCCGAUCCUGCGUUACUUCAUGGAGAUGGUCAUGACCAACAAUUUCAAAUUUCCCAUGGCAACUCGUGCUAAAGAUGACAAGACGAUAGAAGACCUGAAGAACCAGGAAUUACAGGUUGCUCAGCUCGAAAAGCAAGCAAUCCUCGAGUUUGAGAACCUUCUUGCCAGGGUACAGAUCAUGGAGGGGAACAGUCUCCUGCUAACACAACUCAUGAAGUUGGAGCCAAAUGGCCCUGUGCGGAGGCCUCCCAUUCAGAUCCUGGACCAGCUCCAGCACUACAACAAGGUGCUUCACCUGGGUCACAUGCUGUGCAGGAGCAGGAACCCAGACUUUCUCCUUGACAUCAUCCAGAGUCAGGGCACUUCCCAAUCCAUGCCGUGGCUAGCUGAGCUGGUGAACUCUGCCGAGGGGUCCCUGGACGUCCUGCCUGUCCAGUGCCUCUGUGAGUUCCUCAUAAACCAAGAGGCCGACAAGGAUGGAGGGGGGUCAGAUGGGGGAGAGAGCAGCUCGUCUUCUAAACAGAAGGUCCACAAGCAGGAGCAGCUUCUGGCGCGGCUCCAGUCCCUGGUCUUCGACCCCAACACUGACCCGCGGAACACCUCCGAGGUCUUGGGCUACUUCCUCACCAGGCUGUCCUCCAAGCAGCAGUCAGCCAGGACGUUGGCUUCCAAGGGGCUUGCCAUGGUCUUGUCCCCAAGGUCGGGGGAGGAUGCUAUGGAGGUGGAAGAGCCUUCAGAAUCUGAUUCUCCAUUGUCAUCACACAAGUGGCUCUUACAAGAUGUGCCUGCCAUCCCCAACUUUGAGACCGUCAAGAGCCAGGCCACCACAGCGCUCAGAAGUGCAUGCCAAAUCGACACCGACCCUCGAGCCGUCAGCGCCUACAUCAUCUUCCUCUCCCACCACGUCUUGCCUGCCGACCUCAACGAACUGGCCCAGGACCUCGCUCAGCUCAUCGUGGAGCGGCCGACCAUGCUGACCUGCAUCCUGCCACACGAGGGCGCCUCACCGGCCGGGGACGAGACGUUGGCCGCGAUGCUGCGUAUCUUCAGCAACUAUGUCAUCAAGGCGAUCAAGUCUACAGACGAGGAGGAGGGUUAUAGAUGGUCUGAGUCUCAGGACCAGGUCUUCCUACGUUGGCACAGUGGGGAGUCAGCCACCAUGCACAUCCUGGUCGUCCAUGCAAUGAUCAUCCUACUCACGUAUGGAGAACCUAAAGUGAAGAGUGAGUUCAUGUACCUACUCGGCACAUGGUGUCCUGGUAACGCCCCGCCCCCUUCGGCAUACCUGGUGGAUACAUCUGAAGAGGCCCUUCUGCUUCCUGAUUGGCUCAAGCUUCGGAUGAUCAGGUCAAGUGUCGAUCAGCUCGUCAUUGCUGCUCUUCAAGACUUGGAACCAGCUCAGCUAGUCUUGUUCAUCCAGUCUUUUGGUAUCCCUGUUCAAAGUAUGAGCAAGUUACUAGCCCACCUGGAUGCGGCGGUCGUCCAGAUGCCCCAGGCCAUGGAUGCUGCGGUGGUAGACAAGUCUUACAUGGCACAGCUGGUCGAGGUCCAGCAGAUGAGAGGGGCUCAGGGGGGCUACCAGUUCCUAGGGCUACUCAAUCACCAACCUAAAGAAGAAGAGAAAGAAGAUGAAAAGGCCAUGGAAGUAUCAGACUCGGAGCAAGAGAAGAAGCCCACUUUGGACCAGACAAUAUUGAAGGAUAUCCAGGACCAGGACCAGCUCAAGAACCUGGUCCUGAAGCUUGUAGACCUUCCCCAAGCCACCACCAUGCCAGACAAGAGGGACAUCUGGAGAAACAUGCAAAAGGCUAUGCUGAAAGAGAGAGGAGUUGGUGACCCUGGUCAAACGCUGUGCUGUCGACUAAUCCAAGCACUGCGCUCUAUUCUCACUGGUGACCAGACAGAGACCUUCAUUGAAGCCAUCCUUGAGCACCCUAGCUAUCCAUGCUCUCUUCUCAAGCACAUGGCAUCUGUGCAAGAGAGGAAAACACCAAAGUCAUCUCAAUCAGACUUCAUCGCCCUUCUUGAGAUGCUACAAGGCACACUGCCCUCUACUGGCCAGCUAGUGUCAACCAUCAAGGCCUGCAUGCGGAGAGUUAAAGCAGGAACGAGAAGCCGACCAGAGAAAAUGGGAGAAGGGGAUGAGGCGCGCAGCCUGGAGAAAGAAAUGUUGAAGCCUCCGUCCCAAAGAAACCAUCUUGAAGACUUAUUGGAGGAAUGCCUGGGAAGAAAUGCAAACAAACAGACCCUGAACGCACAUGCUCGAGCGAGCAUGCUUACCAGGCUCAUGCACCAGGAGUCUGAUAGAAAAGAUUCAGGGUUCAGCUCCUCAAAGACACAAACCUCGACCUGCGGCCUGCUCAUGGACUGGCUGACCCGCAUCGACCCGGAGGUCAUAAGGUCGUGCCCUGACAUCCAGGAAGAGGUCAUGUUUAGGUCCAGGACCCUUCCAGUGAAGGACGCAGGGAAGGUCGCGGACUCCAGCGGUGAUGGUCCUGGUACUGGUAGCGGAGGGAGUGGCUACCUCUUGGCCUUAUUGACCCAUCAGACUAGCUGGGACACACUGCAUAGCUGCAUCAGCUUCCUCCUGGGAAGGGAGGAUGCGGUGGAGAGACUUGAUUCUACAGCCGUGCUAGACUUCCUCUGGGCCUGUGUUCAUAUACCCAAGAUAUGGCAAGGGAGAGACACCAAAGCACCCAAGAGAUAUGCUGACGAGAACAUCCUCAUGAUAGUCCCUCGACAGCUCUGCACCUUGGCCGACUUCAUCAUCACAGAAUGCCAGACGAUGACAUCCUCCGCCCUCACCAUCCCGUCCUCACCGACCUCCUCCAGUAGAGCGGCUGGCGAUGGGGCAAGCAGGGGCGGCUGUCCUUCGCCGUCUGCCAGGUUGCCCUUGCUUCUGAACUGUUGCAGAGGCAGCGCAGAGCUGAUCGGGUCUCUGGUGGAGCAUCUCAGCAGGAAAGCUCAAGAGAUGAGUACAUCUGGUAGUCUGUACCAGAAUCUUCUCAUUGAGGUCUACAUUCAGAUGCCUAAGGCUCUGGAAAAAUUCAUGGAGGACAUCUCGACUGCUGGAUACCGGCCCCACGGCAUCGGUGCAUCCAGCUAUAUUGAUGCACUGGUUCACAGGUUGCUGACUGUCCUGUCAGACAGGAAGCGGGAUGAGAACAAUAAACAGAAGGUGGAGGACGCCAACGUGAUCUGCCGCAAAUUGGCAACCAUGCAUCCUUUAGUCUUCUUCAGACAAUUGUCGCUGCUUGUGGUGCUGAUGCGUGGCCGCACUCAGCUCAACUGGAGGGAGUUCCGUGGGAGCGGCCAUCUUGGAUUCUUCCACCACGUCGUGGGUCUUCUGAGUCUCCUGCAGCCUGGUCUAUUCCAGGAAGAUGGGAAAGCCGUCAACGGAAUCAUGGAGGCGUUCUUUACCGUCUUGCAGCGUUACGGUUCCUCCAAGAAGCCGAUCGAGAGUCUGGUGACAAGAUUUGUGACCCUGCUCUACCAGUACAGCAGUAGCAACCCCUCCCAGGCAAGAUCCGUGCUGCAGCAAAACAGUGCAACUCUGAACGCCAUGGCCCAGAAUCACCCCAACAACACCCAACUGAAAUCCAUCCUAGCCAGUACCUCCCUCUCCUCAUCCUCCAAGGACCAAUCAGAGGGCAGCGUCCUCAUGGCCGGCGAUGACCCCGCCCCCAGCGAGCAGCUCCCAUUCAUUGAGGGCAUCCCUGGGGUGGGUAACAGGGAGGAGACCUACUCCCCUACCCCAGGGGCCAAGGGGGAGGGAGAGGAGAGCGUAUGGACACCAGAGUUCAUCAGGAAGAUGUCCGCCAAGCUGCUGACACCCAAUAACAUGGAUGAUGUGAUUGAUGCCUUGAAUGAAAUAGAAGGUGCUUCUUUCAGGAAACAUGAAAUGUUACACCACUUUGCGACCGAGUUUGCGAGCCUGAUGACGUCCUCUAACACUGAGUGCAGAGCCAUGGCCUUCUGUCUCACCAUACGCUACCUCCGAUACAACCCAUGUUGUGGGGAGAAAUGUUUGCCAUCAUACCUCGAUGCCCUUGCCUCUGAUGAUGGCUGCGUUGUCCAGACUGCCCUCAAAUACCUUGCUGACUUCACUGCACUGUGCCAAGAACAAGCAACAACCAUCCUGCAGCAAGCUUUCUUAGUUGGAGUGCACCAUAAGAUUGACACCGUACCGCCUAUUGCAGAGACCCUACAACUACUCUCUAUGGACUCGACACCUACACAGAGUGCAUCAUAGACAAAGACAGAACAAUUAGAAAGUAUGUUUGUGUUGUUGAAGCUCACUUUCUUGAUAGGAGUGCAACAUGGGGUUGAUACUAAACCACCUAUUGCAGAGACAUUACAGCUGAUUUCUAUGGUUUCUAAACCUACUCAAAGCGCAUCAUAGAUAGAGGAAGAACAUUGAAAUAUAUUUUGAGCUAGCUUUUUGUAUGGUUGGAAUGCACCAGAAAACUGUACCACCUAUUGCAGAGACUUCACAGCUGCUCUCUACAGACUCCACGCCAUGUAAAAGCGCAUCACAGACAAAGAACAAUGGAUUAUUAAUCCAACAGAGAGCUUUCUUGUUUUGAGUACACCACAAGAUUGUACCACAGGCAACCGUAGACUGUACCUCCUAUUGCAGACACCUUACAGGUGCUCCCUAUGGACUCGACACCUACACAGAGUACAUCAUAGGAAAAGAAAGAACUAUGAAAUACAGUCAAACCUACAAAGACCACACUUUUUGUUACCCUUUCGGUGGUCUUUAUAGACAGGUUUCACUGUACAUGGAAGUCCUGGUCCUAUGUGCCAUAACCUGUAUGAUAGCAGGUCCAGAUCACUCAGAGGUUUUGAUACCUAUACUAUAAUAAUAUCUUCUCUCCCUAAGGACUUGAUGCAAUUACCGCAGGUGUGUGAUGGGUAAAUAGAUGAAAUCAGGAUUCUUGUUUAUUAAUUUUUAUAUUGAACAAUCACAAGUGACAAUUUGAAUAAUCACCAAUGAUGGUACUCUCAAAGUACAGUCAAACCUGUCUAUAGCGACCGCCCUAAGGAAACCCAAAAAGUGGUUUUUGUAGACAGGUUCCUUUUAGUACAUGUUUUAAUGAGAAACCAUUUUCAGGGGGGGGGGGAAUGUGGUCUUUGUAGACAGGUGGUCGCUAAAGCAGGCUUGACUGUAUCAACAUUGUGAUGCUGUAUUUGCCAUCUAUGGACUCUACAUUUACUACAUUAGUGCGUAGUACAUUGUAUAUAGUAGAAUAAUAAACCUUGGCUUCUUGUCUAUCUAUUCCCUUAUUCUAUAAAUUUCAUUUACCCGGUAAACAAAAGCAAAUGUUGUGAUGCGCAAACAAGUUGACUCUCUGAGGUUCUACAACUAGCCAAAACAUGCGACAAGU